UCAGUCCCUCGUGAGCUGAAACUCCUCAUCGCCGAGACCUUUUUCUCUUCACCACAUUUAACGCCACCACCACCACCACCACCUCCCCUCCUGAAACGGCAACUGCGUGACCUCCUGCUCCUCCCACUACAUCUCUCUCCCCCCAGAGCUCGCAACACACCAGUACCGCCGCUGCCGCUGGUGGUGGAAGCGCGGCGGCCGGGGUUGCGCGCGCGCGCGAUGGGCAACUGCCAGGCGGCGGAGGCGGCGGAGGUCAUCGUCCAGCACCCCGGCGGCAAGGUGGAGCGCCUCUACUGGCCCACGCCGGCCGCCGACGUCAUGAAGUCCAACCCGGGCCACUACGUCGCGCUCGUCAUCCUCCGCCUCUCCCCCGACGACAAGGCGCUCACGGGCGCCGAGGCCGCCGCCGCCGGAGCGGGCGCCGCCAAGAUCACCCGGGUCAAGCUGCUCAAGCCCAAGGACACGCUCCACCUCGGCCAGGUCUACCGCCUCAUCACCGCGCAAGAGGUGACGAAGGCGCUCAAGGCGAGGAAGAACGACAAGAUGCGGCGGUGCGAGGCCAUCAAGCAGCAGCACGAGCAGCUCCGGCGCGGCGCCGGCGCGGACCAGGGCGGCGCCUGUGAGAAGGACGCGAAGCGGGACGGCAAGGACCGGCACCGGAGCCCCGGCGGCGUAGCGCAGGCGCAGACGCAGCCGGCCGGGAGCGGCAGGGGCCGGAACUGGCGGCCGUCGCUGCACAGCAUCUCCGAGGCCGCGGCCGCGGGCCAGAGCAGCAGCACCGGCAGCAUCUCUGAAGCCGCCGCGAGCUGAUUGCCGGAUUAGCAGACUGCUUUUCUCCUUUCUUCUUUUUCUUCUUUUAUUUUUC